AACUCAGCUGUUUCUGUUUACUAAACAAAGCGUCAGUUGAACGGUGGACGGCAAACUAAACGCUUUAAUUUGUUCGUAUCUCCGUUUUAUUUAUACUCUAUAACACUUUAUUAAAUUUACAAAAACUAAACUAUAAAAUUUUUCCCAGCAUUUAAUUAUACGUUUUUACAUUUUAUUUAUCAAACGUCAAAAAGUAACCAGCAAAUGUCAAGCUGCUGACAUUUAAAAAAAAAUAAAUCUAUUUAGAGCGCGAUUUAAAUCACAUUUGAAUUUUUUAAAAAUUGUUAUUCAGUUAUAUUAAUAUAUUUAAUAUUAAAUAUAUUAGUGUUGAUAUAUAAAGUUACUAAAUACAACGAGGGAUAUUUUUAAAUCGUUAUAAACAAAUGCUCUAAAGAUGCCAUCGCUCCUAGAGGCUCUGGAGUUGAAGUACGGGAGCACAGCUGGAGAUUGCUCUGAAUGUAGUUUGACAGAUGAAGAAACAGAACUAUCAGGAUCACCAAAAAAUGCAGCCCUAUCUGUCAGUAUAUUUAUUCCCAAAAAAUCGCCGCGUCACACAGUACCAGCCUUACUAGUAUUACAAGACUGCGAUAUCGAGUGCGCUGGUAAUGACGCUGAAAAAUUACGCAAUAAAUGCAAGAAUGUCGAAGAACUAGAUUUGGCCCAAAACAAAUUAUCACAAUGGGAUGAAGUGUUUGGUAUACUAGAGCACAUGCCAAAAAUAAAAUUCGUUAACUUGAGUUUUAAUAGUUUAGCCGAGGCAUUGGAAGUUAAACACGGCAGAUAUGAAUCAUUGCGUAAUCUUGUACUAAAUGGUACAAGAAUUUCAUGGGCAACUGUUCAAGAUUUAGUUAGACUGCUUCUUAAUUUGGAAGAAUUACAUUUAUCAUUAAAUGAAUUUAAGACUGUCGACUUGGAGCAUCAUAAGCCCGAAAAUAUAAAUAAAUCAUUGAAAAAAUUACAUUUUACAGGCAAUCCUGUUGAAAGUUGGUCAGAAAUUUGCAAACUUGGUUACUCAUUUCCAAAUCUUGAAAGUCUUGUUCUUGCUGAGUGUCCUCUCAGAUCACUGGCACUUGCCGAAGAAAAUCGUAAUUAUGAUGAAAGAAAUUCGUCGUCUCAAGCAAUACCAGCAUUUGCCGAACAGUCUAAAGAAGACGAGAACGAAAAUGUACCCACAGGAUUUAUGAUGGAAAAAGAAACGGAACCUAAAGAAAAUGGCGACAGAUUAAAAACACCCGAAAAAAUAUUCGGUCAAGAAAAUUGCACUUCGUACAACAGAAGUGAGAGUGAGUGUGAGAGUGGAAACAAAAUUCCAUCAUCACAUGAUCCAUUUAGAAUGUUGAGAUUCCUCAAUGUCAAUGGCACAUUACUGUCAACUUGGGAUGACGUUGAGCGACUCGCAAGAUUUCCUGCUCUGAAAUCUCUUAGAAUGCAAGGCUGCCCACUUUUUGAGAGUCCUCGAGAGUACACAGAGCACGAGAGAAGGCAGCUGCUGAUAGCACGACUUCCAAAUGUAGAAACACUUAAUGGCGGCGGGGUUAUUUCCUCGCAGGAACGCGAGGACGCCGAGCGAGCAUUUAUUCGGUACUACAUGGACAAACCGGAAGCGGAUAGACCUGAAAGGUAUGCUGAGCUUGUCGGCAUUCAUGGGAAAUUGGAUCCGCUGGUUAAUGUUGACCUCACACCAGAAAAACGUGUAAAAGUCAAGUUUACCUACGGCGAUCUCGUUGAAGUCCGAUGUGUUGAUGUUUACAGAACUGUCUUUGAAUUAAAGACAAAGUUGGAGUCAAUGGUUAAAAUUCCUGCCAAUAGAAUGAGACUUUUUUAUGUUGAUCAAGUAAUGAAAUUACAAUACGGGCCAGAGGAAAUGCUGUAUCCUAAUAAGCAGCUGUACCGAUACAACAUAAGAAAUGGGGAUGAAAUAAUAAUAGACAGCAAGCUGAACCGCUUUGUGUCUUCAUCUUCGAGCACAUCGUCCAUACGGUCUUAGGAUAAAUAAAGUAAAGAAACUAAACAGCUGGAUAAAGUUAACAAAUAUAAUGUUCUGUCGUAAUGAACAUUAUUUAUCGUCAGCCGGUGUGAUGACGAUCGUACUUGCUGUGAAAAGCAUAGCCGUUGUUUUCUCUUAUGGACAUUUAGGAGCACGGCAGUAAAUUGAUGAUGAUGGUGAUGGUGAUGAUAAGAAACGUCAAAGCCAAUAGUUUAGAAUUAUAGAAAUUCUCAAGUGUUACGUUGGCUUUUGUAUUUGUUACUCCGAUAUUAUUGAAAAUCGCAUCAACUCUAUAUAAAUAGAUAUUCAUAUAUAUAUAUAUAUAUAUAUAUAUAUAUAUAUAUAUAUAUAUAUAUAUAUAUAAAUAUAUAAUAUAACUGAUACAAAGUUUAAGUUUCUCAAAAUAUAUGAGACAAAAGAUUUUGUCACACUUGUCCUCGAGUUUUAUAAUAAUUUAAAUACGAGUAUUCUCGGCUGUCAAUAUUCUAUUAUAUUGAUAUUGAUUUAUUAAAAUAUAUAAAACUAUUUUUGUAUUAUAAUUAUAGAAGCCAUCCUACUAGACGCUAUCGAACUAAUUAUAGUCGAGAAUUGUCUGUCAGUUUAUAAACUCGAGGAUUUUUUUGAAAAUUUUUUUCUGUCAAUGUGUUAAUUUUUUUUUUUUUUUUUUUUUUUUUAACUGUGGAAUUGCAAUCAGUUUAUAUCUAGAUAAUUGUAAUUAUAAUCUGUUGCGUGUCCACGUGAUUCCACUGGCUGUGACAAGUUUAUUUAGUCAAAAUGAUUAUAAUAAUCGCCGCCGCCAACAACGAAUGUAAUAACGUUUUAUUAUUAUUAUUAUUACUAUUAUUUUUAUUUAGAAUUGAUCGGUGUCGUAGGUCGUCUGGAUAUAUUUAUAAAAAGAAGUGUAAAAAAAACGUUGGAUUAAAUUAAUUAAACCGCUUUCACGUCCGCGACAAAUUACUGCCAGAAAAAAAUAAACGCAGCAAAUAUUAAUAAUAAUAAUUAAAUAAAUGAUAAUGAUAAUUAUUAACACAUCUGUCGGGAUGGGAACAAAGAAAGCGGUUUUAAAUUUGAAUAAAAUCUAUGGACAAUCUAUGAUUUACUAUUUACUAUAAAUAACAACGUAGUCACUACUUUUUGUGCCUAGAAUUAUUCAGACGUCUCUUAACGCUGCCCUGUAAAUAUAAAGUCGUCAGCCGUUUUUUUUCUCUUCUCUUUAUAACAAAAAUAAAACUGGGAUAAUUUAAUGUGGACUUUGGAAGCAAGUGUAGGCGUAUUUGGAAAUUAUCGGUACAGAAAAAAAUGAUUUUUUGGUGUAAAAAAUUUUUACUCGCACUACGAAAAUUUUUUGAAUCAUAAAUUGGAAAUAAAAAUUUUUUUAGAGCAAGAAAAAAUUAUUUGGGACAACUAAAAAAUUCUUUUGCUAAGAAAUCCUUCUUUUCUGUGUUGCUGAUUAUCCCAUACGAAAAAAUAUAUAUCCCGGCAAAAUAGUAUAUAUGCGGCUUAUAUACUUAGUAUUGUAUGUAUGUUAUUUUGCCGACAUAUAUUCCCGGAUAUAUACUUUUCCGCAUGGGAUAAUAAUGCCGCGAAAAUAAAAAAAUUUCAAAACUAAAAUAAUUUUAUUUACUUUUUACUGGCAAUUUUUUUAAACAAUUACACGCAUGCACAUACGAACACUUGAAUAUCCUCUGGUAAAUGUUAAAAUAGCUUGAGAAUUAAUCAAAAAUUUUAAUUUUAUGAAAUAAAACUGAAAUCAAUAAAACUUUUUUUAAAAUUUAAAAUUUUUCAUUGAAAAUUAAAAGUAACAAAAAUUAAAAAUUUUAAUAUUUUCGCGCCAUUGCGAAAUUUAGCUUGAGAAUUCCAAAUGCACUACAAUGAUGAUAUUUAAAAUUAACAAUUAAUCUCAUAAAAUUCUAAAACUAAAUAGACUACGUAAUUAUAUAUGUACCCGUAAUACGAUUAUUAACACGGAAACUAAAAGGUGUACGUUGAUAAUAGAGCAGGUGGAGUUUCAAGAUACGAUACAGGAAGUUCGCUCCCAGGUCUUAUAAAAUUGAAUGAAUUAAAUUGAAUUUUUUUUGUGCUGGCGCAAUUGUACGUACUAACAAUUAAAUCAUUUAUAAGAAUAAAUAUACAAUAAGUAUUGAUAAUUAA